GGCCUGCAGUAACCGGAGUUGCCGGAGAGGGGCGGUAGAGGCUGCAGGCGGCGCUGAGGGGAAUCGGCGGCGGCGGAUUCCUUUGGAAUGGAAUUACCUUGGGAGAAGUAGAGCUGGAAUCUCAAAUAUUCUGAAGUCACCAGCUAUUCAAAAGAGUUGAAUCCUUCACUUAUUGUUGAUCCUUCGAGAAAGACUCAUAGAUUGUGUAGUCACAGCCUUCAGUGAUCUGUUUUUCUCAUUGUUGUUCUUAACAGGACUAGUAUAAGAAGCGAUGGGUAAAUCAUUCUCUCAUUUGCCUAAUUUUGCAAGACAAAGCAAGAAAGGGGAUGCAGCACCCAUCGUGCCCGAGACUGAAAGAACAGUUCUGGAAAACACAAAUGAAAUACAAGACAGUAAUGGAGAGGCCAGUUCUCAUGUUCCUUACGUAGAGUUUGUGGGAAGAGAGAGUAUCACAUGUCCCACCUGUCAAGGGACAGGACGAAUACCCAGAGGUCAGGAGAAUGAGCUGGUUGCUCUUAUUCCAUACAGUGACCAAAGGCUACAACCACAGCGAACGAAGCUUUAUGUGGCAGUCGCCGUGCUGAUCAGCCUCCUGAUUAGUGGACUUGCAAUCUUCUUCCUUUUCCCACGUUCCAUUAAAGUAGAACAUGUGGGUAUUAAGUCAGCCUACAUCACUGAUGACACAACGAAUUAUAAAGUUAUUCUUAAAAUAACGAAUAUUAUAAAUGUAACAAACUAUAACUUCUACAGCAUCAGUAUUACAGAUCUCAAUGUGCAGAUUGUGUUUUUUAAUGAAGUUCUAGGAACUGUCAACAUCAAAAACACUACAGUUUUCAGACCCCUGGGAGGCGGCCAGAUUUUCUAUGAGGUGACUGCCAUCCUAGAUGAUUUAGGCAUGUACCAUUACUGCACAAUGCCUGAAAUCAAAGUGCACAAUAUUGUGAUCUCAAUACAAGCAACAGUGACCGCUUGGUAUUUGUCGCAUUCUGAGCAAGUCUCCUUUGAUGCCUACCAAUAUGUUGAUUGUGGCUCCAACACCACCCACCUUCACAGCCCCUACUACCCUUCUCAGGGCAACCAUUUGCAAGAGUUGCUCAGUUAACACAAAUGGUAUUUUUGCCCUUUCACUAAAGGCUUCCAGCAUGGCACAAACACGUCCUCCUCUGUGUGUAGGUAUUGUGCUCCUGGACUGAUGAGAUGAUCCAUCAGCCAGUUCUGCACACGUCUGCCUGAUUAUUUUAUAGUGCUCUGUGUGGCAGUGUUACACGUGUAAGAGGAGUACAUUAAUUUGGGAUGUCAAGCGUGUAAUGGUGAUUUGAUAAUCUGACAGUCUAGUAAUAGAACAUUCUGCUGAACUACCAGAGCUGGAAGAUAAGAUAAAUUUAACUAGGGAAUGACUAGGAACUGAACUGUGAACUGAUAUUUGUUAGUUCAUUUCAGAUAUAAUAGCGGCACCUUUUGUGGCCUCUAAAUUUAAAUAUACAUUUCCUUAAAAAAGUCACCUUUCAUUCAUUAGGCUGUUGCCCCCUGUUAAAAGGGACACAAAUGUAUAGAAAGCUUUUUUUUAUGCAACAUUUGUAUGUGGCAUUCUGGUCAACAUCUGGAAGGUUCUUGUGCAUUUAUGGAUAAUGAACACUGCUAUCUCUGAAAAUACUUAAUUGCAGAACAGCAGUAUUCCCAAUCACUAAUGUGCAGUGACAGCAUAUACAAAGUUAGAUACCCAACACAUUCUGAAUGUGUUAUUUACUGUGUUCCGAAAAGCCACAUUGUUUACUAUACUAGUGCCACUUGUGAAUAUACACUAAAGCUCCUGCAUGGUCAGUGGAUAAAUGUAUAGUGAAAUUCAGCUACACUGGUCAAGAUGACCUUCCUUUUGAUCCUGACUUGUUCUGAUUUUAGAUGAUCUUUAAUGAUUUCAGUUCAGAGAGAGAGGUUAUAUAAUUCAAGUGUAGUUAUUUCACUGCCCCUGAACUAGGGCACUGUGAUUCCUGCUUUAACUUUGAAUGUUAGGUGAGUUUAAGAUUGGUCUGAUGGUUCCUGUAACUGAAUUGAUUGCAGACCUUCAAUAACAGCCCCAAACCGGUGCCAAAGGAUGCAUAAGAAACCAUAUUGCAGCAGGAUGACAUCCCUUCGGCAGAGGGGAGAGAAAUGUUGGAGGGGAUUUUUUAAAAUAAAAAAACCUUAUCGAUGAAUGCUUACCAAAACUUUACAGCCAGCCCCAGAAGGUGCCCACAGUACGUAAGCAUUAAAGAUGUCUGAGUGUGACUGUGUCUCGGCCAUACAGAGCAAAUACCCCUAUUUUAAAAGCCUUAGAUUUACUAUUGUAGAUAAUAGCCAUAAUUCAGUAUUUUCUCUGUAAUGUAUGUAGUGUUCCCUCCAUUAAUUGGGGAGGACAUUAGCACUUACCGCUUGCAUGCAUACUUAAAAUUCUUUUAGUGAUGGGGAGGAGGGUGCAAUUAUUAGCACAGAAGAUGCUAUUACAUCUAUAUCAGUCACAGCUGACCACAUUGUAAGUGCAGUUGUUCAUCCCAGCUCGAUCACUUUUAGCGAUCGAAGAUUGAAAGUUAUUUGAAGCAGGAUAUUGUUCUUGCCUUAAACCAAAUCAUAGGAACCCAAGCAAACUUUUAUCUGAAGUGUAUGUUGAUGGGCAGUUGAGAAGAACUCAUUGUCAUCAUACUUGGUUGUUGAGUCGUUGCUAUCCAUUGGAUUAUGUUUGUUGCCGAGCAGGAACAUUCUUUAAAACUUAGUUUUCCCACUUUCACCAUGUUUUCAAAAGUGACCCAGUUAGAAAUUGAUUGAUUGGGUGUGGCAGAAUUUGUUUCCAUUGAAUUUGCACAAACUACAUCAAAUGCUUUUACUGUAGGCAUCAGCUUGCAAUGAUUCACGUGGUCUUUUGCAUUAUUUUCACCUUCAGUUUUACUCAUUGUUUCAACAUUACUUCAGAUUUGCAUCAGCAAUAGAAGUAAAGCUAUCCUUUACUUCCUGUUAUGCCUCACAGAUAAUUAAAUGUUGUAGAAUUGUUGGUAUUUCUCGAUUUAAAGAAUAUUUAUCUGCUUUCAGUGUUUCAGGUCAAACUAUAAUCUUGUCAUAUCGAUGUUUCAAUUUGAAAUUACACUUUCUCAAGUAACUGUCUUUGUCCAUAGAUACAGUCGAUUUGGGCACCAAUCAUUGGUGUAUUCUGAAUCUUGUAAUAGGAGUAAACAAAUAUUUGGUAGAUUGGGCUUUCUUCCAGGAAGACAGAUCCUGCAGGACUUCAGACUCAGUGCUGAAUGGAACUGCAAAUCAAAGAAAUCAACCAGAACUAAUCUUAUGAUUUGUUAAUCUGUCUCAUGUUGAAUUAUUGACCAAAGUAAUAGUUAUAUUGAACCUGAUUAAACCAAUUUGUUCUGUCCUUUGUGGUGGUUGCUGAUGAGUGUAAGGGGAAAUUAUAUGGCCUUUUAUUUGCAUUAAACACAGCAGAUUUUCACAGAAUUGGUUAUUUUAAAUGACCAAAACAAGGAAGAACAUUGGACAUGUGCUGAUGUUAGUCCUUAAAAUUUACCCAUGCUUCUGAUAUUUUUAAAAUGAUUAAAGUGCAAGUUUGAUAAAGCUUGGAAACGUUUCAUUGUCUAAGAAAAUGUAUUUCUGAUUUCACUGGCUAGAUGAAGUCGUUAUUUUCAUCCUAAUGAUGUUUGUACCCAUGGUAGUUAGGUGAACUUGUAUUUUGAUAAAUAUUGUGUUUAGUCAUUUCGAUUUGCUAAAUUUUCUCAAGUGCAAAGAUACUUAGAGAUUAAUUUCUAUUUAGCAGUAUGAUCACUUUUAUGUAAUGGCUGUGUUUCUUUCACAGAUAUUACAUAUAAGGUUCAUUAGGUAAUGUAAGGACAUUUUAUUCUACCAGGAAUAGUGUUUAUGUAAUUGACACCAUCUAUAAUUAUACAUCAUCAAACUUAAAAUAUAUUUCAAAUUUAAACUUCUGCAGUAAUAUUCCUUCUUUGUCUUGCUUUGCUAUACUUACCUCCUCACUUUUCUUUAUUAUGCAUGACAUGAGCAUUGCUGGCAAGGCCAACGUUUAGUGCCAAUCCUUUAUUUCCCUCGUGGUAUUCAGCUGCCUUCUUGAUAUUCUACAGAUCAUGUGGUGUAGGUGCACCAAUAGUGUUUAUAGGGAGGGAUCUGGGAUCUUCAUCUAGCAACAGUGAAACAAGAAGAAUAGCUUGUGUAUAGAAAAUGAUUUCAGUGCAGAUUGACAUGACAGAAUUUAUCAUUCUAUGACUUUUCCUGUGUAAGUGUAUUUAAUUAACUUUUAUGUCUGACCCUGCACUAUUGUAGACACAAAAUUGAGAAUUGGUGUGCAAAUCUGAAAUGCUGCAGACACGCAGGUGUACAAAUUAUAUGUUUAAAGUUUGAGUCCUUGACAGCCAAGUGGGUGUAAUGCAAGAAUUGGGAGUACAUUUCUCAGAGAUGUGCCUCAGUUAGUAAAUUUGUGGCCUAAAAUGUACUAGGCCAUGCAGACCAAAAUGUGUGAUACUCCGUCUCUGAUCUGUGUACAUCUGAGCAUGGACAGAGUUGGGCAUGCAUGGGUGGCCUCAGUGCUCCUGAGCUAGUUAACCGAAGUGUACCUGAGUUCUUGGUCUUGAGUAUUACACCAACUCUGGCUAGUAACUUCAAAUGAUAGAUUUAGAUGGGAUCAAGUUCUGAGGCAAAAAACUCCACAUUUGAAUCGUCUACCACUAUUCACUGCCUAUGCUGAAGCAUAAAAAAUAUAGCAUUUUGGGCAAGAUGUACAUAAGCGGAACUUUUGUCCACAGUAAGAAUCUUCAGGAAAUUGAAGGUGUAAAAGGGAUUCAUUUUGAGAACUUGUUUGGUAUGUGUACUAAAGUUAGUGACUGAAGUAUAUUAAAUAAGGAAUUUCAACUAAAGUAAUUUAGUUAACAUCUCCAUUCUCCAAUUAUAUUUUAAGAAUUUUAGAUUUUUAAAAAUGUUUUGCAAUUGGCAUGUUAUUUUGAUAUUUAAAUUUGCAGAGUAUUUCACUCAUUUUGCAGAGUAUUUCACUCAUUUAUGCAGUAACAAAGAACACAUGACCUUCCUGCAGAGUUUUGAGCUUGCUGUGUUGCACUAAAAUCGCACCUAAUAUAAAUCGACUUGAAUGGAGCUUAAAUGCAGUUAACAUAAAAUUCUAUUUGCAUAACUGUAUUCACUUUUAAAUACAUAAAUUGCCAGAUAUAAAGCAGUAAAUUAAAUCCUGAACUUCAGGUAAAUUUAAGCUUUGUUCAGCUCCCUUCUAACGUGAUCUGAACUGUGGAUUAAGUUUCAAUUUCGUAAUUCCUUUGCAGGUAUCAUUAUUUCACAUAAUUAAGCAUUCUAAAGACACCUUUCAACGCAGCCCAUGAUAAUUAGUUAAGCCUGUGAAAUAAAUUGCCUCAUUGCAAUUAAUGUUUUCAGUCUGUAUUACUGAUAAAUCAUGGGAUGAACACAAAAGGUUAUUAAACUACAUUAAAUAAUGACACAGCUGGUAAACCACUGCUGAAGUGUGAUGUGGUUUUACUCAGCUUUUCUUAAUUAAAUCUGCUCAGUGGAAAGUACGCUAAAAAUUUUAUUUAGUAAUUGAGCCUUAAAGUAAUUUGAAAUGUUGGUUAACUAGGUGAUUAAGUAAUGGGGGCUCAGUUAGCCAGGUUGAAAUCAAUAACUGAUUUGGGGGAGUAUCCCAGUUAUAUAUCUGUAUAUAGGGAGAGGCAUCACUCUUUUAUGUAGUUGUGGACUGGGAACACCUUGUUCUGAAAGAUCUUUAAAUCCUGCCAUUGUGAAAACUAGCCCUGAAUUGGCUACUGUACAUCAACUAGUUGUGAAACUUUCAGUGCACUGUUUGUACUCUUGGAUUUAAUUGUUCAGGUAAUAAAGUAAUUUCUGAUGUUAAUAAUUGAUGGUAUGAAAUUGCAUCACCAAUAAUAUUAUUGAGCACUUUUCCAUGUGUAAACCCAGUGACACUUUAAUAUGGUAACCACACUGCUGCAGUCAUGGAAAAAUUAAGUGUUGAUCUUAAUGCUACUCCUUACAUUAGGUUAUGAAAUUGGGAAAGAUGCUUUCAUUCAUUCCUUAUGUAUAGCCAAUAUGCACAACAGAAAGAUAACUGAAAAUUGAAUUUUUGAUGUCCAACUUAAUCGCAAAAUGAUUAAAUGAUUAAUCGCAAAAUUACUUUAAAUAUGGUGAGUUUUGUAGAAAGUGUUGUAUCACACUUAAAUAUUGUUUUAGUUUGGUACUACCCUAUGUUUUCAAAUGGAUUGUCUUGUAAUUGUGGCUUUGUUGCUAAUUAAAAGAUAAUUAACAUUU